UGGUUAUUUUCGAUAAAAGUAUUUCUUGCGGCACUACCAUUUUUUGACAAACAGAGGGUAUAUGCGUGAUUAAAUAAAAAGUAAGGGUUCUUUUUGUAAAAGAGCAUGCCACAUAAGCCCCUUACAGCGGGUCCCAGCGGUCAGAUACACCGUCAAUACGCGUUUAUACACAGCUUAAACCGUUUUGUAACACUUAGGCCUUGAAUUGAUACUGAACUGUAAAACUUCUGAAUAAUAAUACCAGUCCGUGAGUAAAUACUGAACUGUAAAACUUUUGAGUAAGCAUGCCACAUCAGCCCCUUACAGCGGGUCACAGCGGUCAGAUACACCGUCAAUAUGUGUUUAUACACAGCUUAGACCGUUUUGUAACACUUAGGCCUUGAAUUGAUACUGAACUGUAAAACUUCUGAGUAAUAAUACCAGUCCGUGAGUAAAUGCUGAAGUGUGGUAUCAAACGUGCAAUUAACUCGACCAGAAUCUCGCACCGUCCCCUGAAGCGCGACCGCACCGACUCCGGCGACCCAGGGCAGGGCUCCCCCCGCGACCUCGAUUCUAACCAUCGCCGAAACCCUCCAAAACCCUCGGAGCGCACGCCGACGCCAUGCGUCCGUCUCAGGACCGCCGCCCCUUCCGCCCGCCGGACCGGGUCUCGCCGCCUCCCCACCUCCACCGCCAGCAGCGCCUCCGCCAGCCGCCCCCGCACGCGCGGCAGUUCGCGGUGAUCCUCCUCCUCGCGGGCCCCACUUUCUCCUCCCCGCCGGCCACGGAGGUCGACGCCCUCGUCGCGGGCCUCCAGUCGCCGCCUCCCGACGGCCUCUCCGUCUGCUCCUCCGGCCGCCACGCCGCCCGACUCCUCUUCCGCUCCCUCCCCGCCGCCGCGGCCGCCGCGCGCGAGCUCUGGUCGCUCCGCCUCGACGGCCUCCACCUCCUCACCCCGCACCUCCCCGACGCCGCCCUCGCCUCCCACGCCUUCCCUCUCGUCGCCUCCCUCUUCGCCUCCCACGCGUCCCGCCUCCUCGACUCCGGCCUCAUCUCCCGUUCCGCCGCCCGCUCCGCUGAGCUCGCAGUCUCCAUCCAGUCUGUGAAACGCCGCCUGCGCGGUCACAAUAACUUCCGCGACUUCGAUCAGUUCAAUCUCCAGAAGAAAACGCUGGAGGCUGAGAAGGAAUUGGUAGAUGCCCGAAUUGCUGAGUACAAAGCAGCGAUGAGUUUGAUAAGGCGCGCCAUGUUACGUGGGACGGAUGACGGGGAGGAGGUGGAGGAAGAAGGUGUGGAUGUGUUUGGGAUUGGGGAAGGAGAGGAUGUGGACUUUGUGAGGUUGCACAUGAUGAUGCUGCGCGAGUGCAGGACGCUCAACGAGGGGCUACCAAUCUACGCAUACCGCAGAAAGAUUCUCAAUCACAUUUUCAAUAACCAGGUUAUGAUCUUAAUUGGGGAAACUGGUUCUGGGAAAAGCACACAACUAGUUCAGUUUCUUGCUGACUCAGGUCUUUCUGGUAACGAUUCAAUUGUCUGCACACAACCUCGGAAAAUUGCUGCUUUAUCAUUGGCACAUAGAGUAGAUGAAGAAAGCAAGGGCUGCUAUGCGGACAAUUUUGUGUCGUCAUAUUCAAGCUUUUUGAAUGGUCAAAACUUCAGUUCGAAGAUUAUAUUUUGCACAGAUAGUUGUCUUUUACAUCACUGUAUGAACGAUGCGGACCUGAAUGGCAUUUCCUAUAUCAUUGUUGAUGAAGCUCAUGAAAGAAGCUUGAACACCGAUCUUCUCUUAGCUUUGAUCAAGAAGAAGCUGCUUGAUAGGUUGGAUUUGCGACUCAUUAUAAUGUCUGCCACUGCUGAUGCUAAUAGACUUGCUGAAUACUUUUAUGGCUGCCAAACAUUCCAUGUGAAAGGGAGAAAUUUUCCUGUUGAAAUUAAAUAUGUACCUGAUGUAUCAGUUGAUGCUUCUUUCAAUAUUGUGGCAAGCUCUUUGCGUGGUCCUUGUGCUGCUGCUUCUUAUGUCAAUGAUGUUAUAAGACAGGUAAGCAUCAUCCACAAGAACGAAGAAGAGGGUGCCAUCCUUGCUUUCUUGACAUCCCAGCUAGAAGUUGAAUGGGCUUGUGAAAAUUUCACCGAUGCAAGUGCGGUGGUACUUCCUAUGCAUGGAAAGCUUUCCCCUGUGGAACAGAGUCGUGUUUUCGAAAGUUAUUCUGGAAUGAGAAAAAUUAUCUUCUGCACUAAUAUAGCUGAAACAUCACUUACUAUAAAAGAAGUGAAGUAUGUUGUUGAUUCUGGACUGGUCAAGGACAGCAGAUUUGUGCCUAGCAGUGGUCUUAAUGUUCUGAAAGUCAAUUGGAUUUCCCAAAGUUCAGCUAAUCAACGCGCUGGCCGGGCAGGUCGAACAGGAGUGGGGAAGUGUUAUAGGCUUUACUCCGAAGCCGACUUCAGUAUGAUGGAACUGCAUCAAGAACCUGAAAUCCAAAAAGUUCAUCUUGGCACUGCUGUUCUAAGAAUACUUGCUUUGGGUGUUAAAGAUGCACAGAAUUUUGAGUUUGUUGAUGCCCCAAAUCCAGAAGCAAUCAAUAUGGCUGUGAAGAACCUUGAACAGUUGGGUGCUGUCAAAUGUAAUUGUAAUUGCUAUGAGCUGACUGAUACCGGACGCCACUUGGUCAAAUUGGGAAUUGAGCCAAGGCUCGGAAAAAUUAUGCUUGAUUGCUUUGGUUUUGGUUUGAGGAAGGAAGGUGUAGUUUUAGCUGCAGUUAUGGCAAAUUCUAGCAGCAUCUUUUGUAGAGUGGGCACUGAUGAGGAGAAACACAAAGCUGACCUUCAGAAAGUCCGUUUGUGUCACCAAGAUGGAGAUCUGUUCACUCUACUCGCUGUUUAUAAGAAAUGGGAGGACGGGCAUGAAAACAGGAACAUGUGGUGUUGGCAGAACAGCAUCAACGCCAAAACCAUGAGGAGGUGCCAGGAAACUAUAUCAGAACUUGAAAAUUGUCUAAAGCAUGAAUUGAAAAUUAUAAUCCCAAGUUAUUGGUGUUGGAAUCCUGAGGCUCCCAGUGAGCAUGAUAAGUUGCUAAAAAGAAUUAUCCUGUCAUCUCUUGCAGGUAAUCUUGCUAUGUUUUUAGGACAUGAAAGGUUUGGUUACCAGGUGAUUUCAACAGAUCAGAUUGUGAACCUUCAUCCCUCAUGCUCAUUGCUUAAUUAUGGUACCAAGCCAGAUUGGGUGGUGUUUUCAGAAAUCUUAUCCGUCCCAAAUCAAUAUCUGGUAUGCGUAACUGCUGUUGAUCAUGAUGCUUUGUAUGCAAUUCACCCAAUGUCUUCCAUUCAGCAACUGGAGAUACAUAAAUUGCAGAUAAAGGUGAUUAGUGGGCUUGGUAAUAACUUGCUGGGAAAAUUUGUUGGCAAAUCUGGCCAAAAUCAGCAGAAGAUCAUCUCACGUCUCAAGGAAGAUUGCAAGGAUGACCGAUUAACUGUUGAAGUUAACUUUAACAAUAACGAAGUUGUGUUAUUUGCUACCGCACAGCACAUGGAGAAGGUCUUUUGCAUUGUUAACAAUGCUUUGGAAUGUGAAGGUAAGUUGAUGAGGAACGAGUGCCUUGAGAGAAGUUUAUUUCCCGAGAGGUCAGGCAGUUCUCCUAUUGCACUAUUUGGCUCAGGUGCUGAAGUCAAACAUUUAGAACUUGGGAAGAGAUAUCUGACAGUAGAGGUUCUACAUCAAAAUGCAAGUGACAUCAAUGACAAGGAGCUUAUUAGCUUGGUGGAUAGUCUUGUCUCCGGUAUUGCUAAUUUUCAUAAAUCCAGUGGAAAUUUCCGGCUAGGCUCAGAUGAAACUAAAUGGGGGAAGAUUACAUUCCUCAAACCUGAAAAUGCUGAAGAUGCUGUCUCAAAAUUGAACGGGGUAGAAUUUCAUGGUUCCUCUCUAAGAAUAGUUCCUGUAUGUUCUCCUGAUAAUCAAGGUUUACGAUUUCCUUCAGUAAGAGCUAAAUUAUGUUGGCCACGUAAGGAAAGCAGGGGCCUUGCACUUGUAACAUGUGCCAGUGGGGAAGCUCAAUCUGUUGUAGAUGACUGCUUUGCCUUAGGAAUCGAUGGAAGGUAUAUCAGUUGUAGGGUUAGUACGAAGGAGGAGAACUGUGUAUUUGUCGAAAGAAUUCCAUUGCAUGUCUCGGAGCGGGAACUAUAUGAUGCUUUUCGCAGCACAACAACAAGGAGAAUCCUUAAUAUCCGCCUGCUCAGGGUCAAGGAAGCCACUAUAGCUAGCCCCUCUGUUUCUGUAUGCGAAGAAGUGCUGAUUAGAGAAAUUUCUCCAUUCAUGCCAAACAAGAGUUUUCCUGGAAAAAGUUUCCUUGUUGAAGUGUUCCCUCCCGAGGAAAAUGACUCGAUGAUGAGAGCAACUUUAACUUUUGAUGGAAAUCUUCAUCGAGAAGCUGCAAGAGCACUGGACCAUCUUGAAGGAAGUAUUCUUCCUUGUUGUCAACCUUGGCAGAUAAUACAGUGCAAGCAUGUAUUUCAUAGCACUAUGUCCUGUUCAGUGCGUGCUUACAAUGUUAUCAGCCAGGAAGUGACCUCUCUGCUUGAGAGCUUCCGAAGCCAAAAAGGUGUGUCUUACAAUUAUGAGAAGACCGAGAAUGGUAUUUUCCGAGUAAGGCUCACUGCAAAUGCCACAAAAACAAUAGCAGAUCUGAGAAGGCCACUUGAGAUUUUGAUGAAAGGGAAAACCAUAGACCACCCUGAUCUGACAUUAAGUGCAGUUCAGAUGCUCUUAUCCCGUGAUGGUGUAGCACAUUUGAAAUCAAUUGAACAAGAAACUGGUACUUACAUUUUGUAUGACAGGCAAAGUCUAAAUAUUAAAGUCUUUGGACACCAACAUCACAUGGCUGAAGCUGAAGCGAAAUUGGUCCAUGCACUUCCACAGCUCCUUGAGAAGCGGCCUCUUGAAAUUUUGCUUCGUGGGCAUAACCUCCCUCCAGACUUGAUGAAGAAAACAGUAGAAAAUUUUGGAGUUGAUCUGGAAGGAUUCAAGACUGUGAUGCCCUCGGUAAAGGUUGAGUUACAUAAACACCGCCAUAUACUUAAAGUUUGGGGCAGUAAAGAGGAUAAGCGAAGGGUGGAGGGGAUGAUCUCUGAGCUGAUAACCUCAGUUAAACACAAUGUCCCGGUUCACCUUCCGUCAGAGAAUGUUGGAGGCAGUAAAGAUGAUAAUCAAAGGGUGGCUGACAAUGAGCUUUCAAUGGAUGCAUGCGCUAUUUGCUUGUGUGAGACGGAAGAUCCUUUUAAGCUUGAAUCGUGUGGGCACAUAUUUUGUCGGGCUUGCUUGGUGGAUCAGUGUGAAGUUGCCACAAAAUCGUAUGAUGGGUUCCCUGUUUGUUGCCUCAAAACUGGGUGCAAGAAGCCAUUCCUCAUUGUUGAUCUGAAGUACCUCGUGUCAAAUGAGAAGCUGGAGGACCUAUUCAGUGCUUCCUUAAGGGCAUUUGUUGCAUCUAGGGCAGGAAUAUACCGUUUCUGCCCAACACCGGAUUGCCGAUCCAUCUACCAGGUGGCAGCUCCAGAUGCAGAGACCAAGCCUUUUGUCUGUGGGGCUUGCUAUGUGGAGAUCUGCACCAAGUGCCAUCUCGAGUAUCAUCCUUUCAUAUCCUGUGAGGCUUACAGAGAAUACAAGGAAGACCCAGACGCAACACUUCUUGAAUGGCGCAAAGGGAAGGAGAAUGUGAAGAACUGCCCUUCCUGUGGAUACACGGUCGAAAAAGCUGAAGGCUGCAACCAUGUUGAGUGCAGAUGCGGCUGCCACAUUUGCUGGGCAUGCUUGGCGAACUUCAAGAGCAGCGAAGAGUGUUAUGGCCAUCUCAGAUCUGCGCACCAAUCCUUUGUGGACAUUGUGUAGAACCUAGGUGUAUAUUUGUACUGCUGGCAGUCCUGCCUCCUGGAAAACCUGUAUUUUAGCAAACUGUUGCCAAAUCUUGGACAUUGACACAUUAGGCAAAAUACGUGAAUUGUUGGUGCUGAAGCAUACAGUAAUCCUCAAGUUGCGAAGGUAUUGCGAUUAUUAAAACCAUAAACUGUGCAUGUAGGGGUGCAUCCAGGAGGUAUCCACUGUCUCGCUGAAUGCUUCUCUCCUGAUUCCCCCCUGAUCCACUCCAAGCUGCAAAGGUUUGAAGGAAGUGUGUGAAUGGGAGAUGAACGCUCUGAAUCUGAAGAAGUAAGGGCACAGUUCCUUUUCAAAACCAGUGAAGCCCUCUUCCAGUAUCCCAGCAAUGCACAAGCGUUCUAGAGAUAAAGGAAUUUCAACCGGUUGCUCAAAGAUUGAGAACGGGCAGAAUGACGGAUACAGAAUGUAUCAUCUCUUAGGCUACUCUGAUGCUCUAUAUCCAGGAAGCAGUUCAGGUGUUAGAAACCUGAGUAAAAAGGACCGGAGGGAGUACCACAGUUUUGCAGUUCUAAGUCAGGCUUUUUCCCUGGCAUGCUUGACUGCUUGAGGGCUUGAGGGUGCGCGCAGUUGCGGGGAUGCAGUCUGGGGCGAUGAUUCACGCUGCAGGUUUCGUUUGCUAGAUGAUUACUAGAAGAUGGAUAGAAAGGGGAAUGGACUAGCAAAUCCAAAGAAAAGGGGAAGAGAUUUGAAGAAGUAUUUUGAAGUGCUUGGUAGUGGCAGCAACUCAAAAUCAAAUCCAAGCACCCGUGAAAGUGUCAAUAUUUCGGCACAUGCCAUUGAAAGCUUCAUUAUCGGUAUAUUUUAGGUGGAUCGGCAGUCAAGCAUUCUGCAGCGAGAAUCACCGGUGUUGCAAGGCAAGCCAGAGAAAGAAACAACAUUCGGGGGCACAGGAUUUUGUGGCCUGGAGAAGAUGGUGUGAUGUACGCAUUCUAGAGACUAGAGCCAACCAGGGGUGGUGCCUUGAUGGUGAGCGUUAUUGUACGCACUUCACUUGUGUUGUCAAGAAAAUGGAACAGUGCACUCGUGCUCAUAGUUAUCUAGCGGAUUUGUGAUUAGGAGGCGCCCGGGGCGUCGGAUCCGCUUCACGAUUCGCGACGGUGGUUCGGUUUUGCAUGUGGACUGCGGUAGAGACAAGUGGAGCAGAAGACGCCGUUUUAUCACUUGUCCUUUUCCAUGUUUUUACUUCUUUCCUUGUGGUUUAGAUGGAGAGAAAAAAGUUCAUGUUUCUUACCGUGUAAGAAAUGUAUUCUACUAGUUAUUUGGAUAUUUAGUCAUUAUUAUUUAAAAGAAUAACAAAUCAUGUAUUUCUCUA